GGGAAGCGGAGCCGGCUCGCAGCGCCUCCCGCUGUCCCGCGCCGCGCACGAGGGGUUCCCGCGCGGGCCCGCGCCGCUCCCGCCAUGAGCCUGCCCCUGAACCCGAAGCCGUUCCUGAACGGGCUGACGGGGAAGCCGGUGAUGGUGAAGCUGAAGUGGGGCAUGGAGUACAAGGGCUACCUGGUCUCCGUGGACGGCUACAUGAACAUGCAGCUUGCAAACACAGAGGAGUACAUAGACGGUGCGCUGUCUGGACACCUGGGUGAAGUGUUGAUAAGAUGCAAUAACGUUUUGUACAUCAGAGGUGUGGAAGAAGAGGAAGAAGAUGGAGAAAUGAGAGAAUAGGUGUUUUGUAUUUCUGGAAAUAAACCUUUUUUUUCCUUUUCUGUUUU